CCCCCUACCCCCGGGGACAGUGCCGAAGCCUCUCAUAAAACGGCCCCCUCCACAACACGGAUCGUAUUGGCUUAUACAAGUACACACACUCCGGCCCUACAGCAUCGUCCCCCAGCCGUGAUCCGAUCUCUACCGUCUACUCCAGCCGCCAAAAACAAAGAAAGAAAAAAACACCCCCCCAAUAAAUAUAUAUACAUUCGUGCAUGUUGUGUACAUGUAUGUGUAUAUGUUUCUAUGCAAACGCAAACGAGACUUAGGUUACCCCUCGUCUUUUUCAAGCGAGACGUCGUUGCUCGUUAGGUUGGUUUCUCUGCAAGACCUGACCGGCUUGGUCUCGGCUUGUUCUCGACGGGAGCUUUGAACAGAGAAGAGAAAAGAGAGAAAGAGAGCGAGAAAGAGUAGAGGGCGGACAUCUCUCGAGACUGGCGCCUGGCGGGUGUCUGCGAAGGAAUCUGGGCUGCCCCUUGGGGAGAGGCAUGCUCCCAUGUCAACCACGGCAACAUACACGGUCACCAUGGCAGAGCUGAGGGCCGAGACGCAACACGGCGGUAGCCUCUGGUCCAACUAUGGAGCCCCGGUGCAGAUGUCGGGCCGGUUCAAUCCCCAGGAUUCGGGCUCGUCGGUGACGGGACAGCCGGCGCCACCAUCGCACAUGGCGCGCCCCAGGAGUCGUCAACACACAAUGGACUACUCACAACAGCAGUACCACCCCGGCGGCGGAGGUGGACGGCCCCCACAGCAGCACCAACAACAACAGCAACAACAACAACAACAACAACAACAGCACCAGCAGCAGCAGGAGGAAGGCGAUGCGUACGAUAGAUACCCGCACCCGUCACUAAUGAACAUCCCGAGCAUAACGAGCCUGAAGCGCAGCUACUCGCAGGUGGACCAGGCGCCGCCGUACACGGAGAUGGUGCAGGACCUGCGCGACGACUACAAACCGGCCAAUCACGACCAAAAGCUGCUCUCCUUCAAGAAGGUCGGGGACAAGCACACCAUCGUCGACCAGAAGGGGCGGAUCCACGAGAUGGAGAUCGACGCGCAGCUGCACGGCAUGUUCUUCCUGUCCGAGUUCCCGUCGGGGACGGGACCGGGCCCCUCGGCCGACGGCAGCACGCUCAACGCCGAGCUGACGUGCUACCGGCGCAACCUGUUCCAGAUCAGCGGCAGCCUGUGCUUCCCGCAGAUCCCGCUGUCGGUGCUGCUCGAGACGGGCGAGGCCAGCCAGAUCAAGAACAUGGAGGUCAGCAUAUCGGCCAUCGAGUCCGUCGACGGCCACCCCGUGCGCCUCAUCGUCAUCCCGUGGAAGACGCCGCCGCCCAACUCGCCCGAGAUCAGCCAGGGGCCCGACCAGGAGCCGCCCCCGCUGCCGCUGAUCCCCUGGUCCGAGGGCGACGAGGAGACGGGCGGCGACCACUACGCCAUCUACCCCAUAGGCUGGCGGCGCCUGCAGUUUAGAAUAGCGACGGCAAACAACGGGAGACGAAAGGAACUGCAGCAACACUUUGUGCUACACCUCAAGCUGCACGGGACGCUCGCCAACGGCAGCAAGGUGGUGCUCUCGGAGCUGACGACGGCGCCCAUCGUGGUGCGGGGGAGGAGUCCGCGCAACUUCCAGGCGCGCAAGGAGAUCCCGCUGCUGGGGUCGAGCGCCGGCUCGCGCGGCCAGACGCUGGUCGAGAACGGCCAGGGCAUCGUGGCCCAGGCCGUCAUCCUCAACAAGCCGCCCUACGACUCGCGGCCCCGCGUGCCCAGCGUGCCCGGUAUGGAGCUGCCGAGGACCGCCUUCACAUUUAGCGCGCCCAAGCAGAUGCCGCAGAGCCCCAUGCAGAUGCGAUCAAACUCGUACCCGACAACAUGGAACCCGCCGCCCGGGUCCAUGCCGCACAACCCGGGGUCGGCCUCGUAUCCGGCGGCGAGCAUGGCGGGUGAGCCGUACCCGAAGAUGCCUCUGACGGGGGCGCCAAGCUACACGGCCGAGCCGCAAGAGAUGCCCAUGCAGCCGUCGUCGAUGCCCUCGGUGCAGCUCUCGCUCGUGGCGCAGGACCAGCAGCAACAGCAGCAGCAGCAGCAACAGCCACCCAUACGAACACAGUACGCAACAUACGUGCAGGGGUCGUCGGCGCCGCCCCAUCUGUCGCUGUCGACGACGGCUGAGAGCUCGCUCAACGUGCCGCGGUACGUGGACAGCAACCCGCGGCCGUCCAAGAGCCCGCGGCACGCCAGCCACCAGUCGGUGGCCAGCUCCAUCUCCAACGACACCAGCUCGGGCGAGUACCGGUACGGACCGCCGCCGCCGCCGUAUGGCAGCGGCGCCAACAACUCUAGCGAGAUCAGCCCGCAGUCGCAGCAGCACCCGUCCGCCGUGGCCGGGCCCUACGGCACCCCGUCGCAGGACAGCGGGCCCUCGGCCCCGCCCUCGGCCUCGGCCAACAGCGCCGGCCAGCCCCCGCGCGACUACUUCCCGCCCUCGCAGUCGUGGACCACCACCGCCGGCGAGCCGUCCGCCCCCAGCGUCUCCUAUAGCGGCGGCGGCGGCGGCGGCAACAGCCACCACCCCGGGAGCCACGGGAACCCUAGCGGUGCCACCGGCGGCGACCGCCCCUACGCCUUCCCCAGCGUCAAGCCCGAGUCCCACCAGCAGCAGCACCCCCACCACAUGCAGCCCGCCCCGCACUCGACCGCCCCCGGCGCCGGCGUGUACCCCGUCAGCCACUACACAUGGAACGCGACGUGAGAGCCGGCGGUCAAAUGGGCCCCCCAAAGAGGAGAAUAUUAAAAUAAUACUCCCUGGGGAAAGAGAGAGAGAUUGGGG